AAAACAUUUUUGUUUACAACAAGGCGGCGGCUAGGUCAUAUAGGUGUGGUGGUGGUGGUGGUGGUGGUGGAAAAGAGCAAGAGCAGAGGAGGGCGGCGAAGAUGAGCAGGAAAGGGCCUCCCAAGCACCAAAACAAAUUCGCCUGGAAACCCAACGCCGGCGUCAAGAUCAACGAAACCGAAGUAGGAGGCAAGUUCAGGCCUUUGUCAGAUGUAACUGGAGUUUGCCAUCGCUGUAAAGACCAGAUCGAAUGGAAACGCAAGUAUGGCAAAUACAAGCCUCUCACCGAGCCUGCUAAAUGUCAACGUUGUUCGAAACGGGCUGUUCGUCAAGCUUACCACAAUCUUUGUACAGCUUGUGCUAAGGAGCAACAUGUGUGUGCCAAGUGCUCGUGCCGUGUGGACCGAAUUAUUGGAAGGGACAUUUCAGAAGUAGAGGCUGAGCAGAAGAUGCUUGACGAGGCCAUCAAGAAUGCUCGAGAAAGGGAUAGGAGGACUCUUCUACGUGCUAUGAACAAAGGAAAAUCUCUUAGUUCAACUUCAGAAAAAAGCCUGAUGGACAAUGGAAGUAAGGCUGGGGAACUAUUAGCAGCCGAGUCAGUUGAGGAAGAUGCAGAGUCUAGCAGAGACGACGAAGAUGACAAUGACAUUGAAGAAGACGAGGUGAAGGUUCUUAACUGAGACGGGAUGAGAAAUAUAUAGUCAAGACAACUCUACUUUAGCUACUUGGGAUCUUCUACAAACAUGCCUUAAUAGAUUUACUGAAGAGAUAACAAAAAAAAAAAAAUUUGUUGCCAUUUUGUGUCUUGAUUGAGUUGAAAAUAGGUAUUUUCUUAAUUUUCAUUGAAACUGAAUGUAAUUCAUAUGUUGUGUU